AUGGAUGUACGGCCGCCGCAACGCAUAGACGACAUCGACGACAUGGAGGAGAACAUCUCAGCCUUCGUGAAGACCCUUACCGGCAAGACCAUCACCUUGGAGGUCGAGUCUUCGGACACGAUCGACAAUGUCAAGUCCAAGAUCCAGGACAAGGAGGGCAUUCCCCCAGACCAGCAGCGCCUGAUUUUCGCGGGCAAGCAGCUGGAGGACGGCCGCACUCUGUCGGACUACAACAUCCAAAAGGAGUCCACUCUGCACCUGGUUCUCCGCCUGCGCGGUGGUAUCAUCGAGCCCUCGCUGAAGGCCCUGGCCAGCAAGUUCAACUGCGACAAGAUGAUCUGCCGCAAGUGCUACGCCCGCCUGCCCCCCCGUGCCACCAACUGCCGUAAGCGCAAGUGCGGUCACACGAACCAGCUCCGCCCCAAGAAGAAGCUCAAAUAG